UUGAACGGAAUUUGCACAGGAAUGUGUAUUAUUUAUUGGAAAUUUAACCCAAUUUUUUAGUGCAAUUUUUUUUCCAAUAAUUAUGGCUAAUGUGACUGUAGAAGUCGAAUACUGCAAUAAGUGUGGCUACUUUAUUAAGUUCGAAGAACUUAAGACACAUUUAACCGAAAAGCAUCCCUCAGUGGAAAUAGUAGGACGAGAAGGGCGAAGAGGAUCGUUCGAGGUGAAGAUCAACGAUUAUUUGGUUCAUUCAAAAUUGCAAACUCUCGCAUAUCCUGAUUAUUCCGACUUAUGGAAUCUUAUAAAUGAUGCGCAACAAGGGAAAGAAGUGAAGGGGCCGUGUAAACAGCAACCAAUUACAUCAUGCGCCAUUUCAUAAAGGUACAAAUCAUUAUGUUUUCGUUGAGAAAAUAUGUCCUUUGUAACUACGCAACUAGUGUUGUAAUUACAAGUUAGUUUGUAGUUAUUAGUACAGCAGUGCAAAAGACAACUGUUUAAAGCAAGAAAAUAAAAAAGCGACAUGCCGA